GCAAGUUGGAAGAAUACAUCCAGGAGCAUACUGCUAGGGAUCCUGGUGAUGAAGAUGAUGCCACUAACGAAACAUUAGAUGAAGCUCAAAAAUACCUAAAACUUGUUCUGAAGGAUGACUCCAAGCAAACAACAAAGCAAGAGGCAAUGCUUCUGCUUGCUAAGUUGGAAUAUUACAAGGGAAAGUGCAAUGAAGCUCUAUCCUACAUUGAGGAUACUCAAAUGGACCAGAUUUCUUUGGAGGUUGUGACAAGUCGGAUGUUGAGGAUUAUUGCCGAGUCUUACGCAAUCAAAGGCAUGUGUUUGGAGAAGAUACCGCUGACCUCAACCAGCAAGUUCAAAAUGAUAGAACGUGAAGAAAAAACAAUCAGGUGUUAUGAAGUUGCUGGUGAUCUGGCGUUACUUCAUCUCCAAGAGCUCGAUAAGAGUCAGAGGUCAACAGGCACCCUGACGCAAUCUAAUGCCACUGUCCCGUCUGACGAUGAACAAAUUGGUCCUAUCCUAGAAUCAGCUCUGCAACGUUCUCCUAUACUUUACAUCAAGGCUGGACAACUACCGAAGGCAGUGGGGAGAUUUAGAGAACUUCUAAGAGCAGUGGAAGCCCGAUCAACGGCUAGCCUUAGACAGAUUCUUGCUCGACAGCUAGCAGAGGUGCUACUGCGAGGUGUUUGUGAGAAGACAUACAUUCCAGUCAAUGUGUCAGAUUCCUCAGAUGAUAGGCUUGACAUGAUAAGCACCAAGCCAAGGAAAUACUCUGGGGACAGAAUAUUCAAUCCAAGAAAUGAAACUGAAGAAUCAUUACUACUUCUGUUGAUGUCAGAAUGCAUGGCCAACCGUGAUGUGAUUUUGAGUCGUAGUCCAGAGUUUGAGGAUGCCAGGAAGCGGAGGUACACUAAUAUAGCAGCUGUGUAUGAUCUACUGACAAUCGUUCUCGUUAAGCGAGCCCAGAGUCACAUGCUUUGCGAUAUAUUUGAACGUGCUAUGAAGUUCUCAUUUGAUGAAUUCCACAUCUGGUAUCAGUUUGCUCUCUCCUUGAUCUGCUCGGAAAAGUACACAAGAGCAGUCUUAGUCCUCGAUGAAUGCUCGAGAUUAAAUCCCCAGGAUCCUGUUAUUUACUUACAAAAGGCGGAUAUUUACUUUUAUCAUCUUCAUAUGUUCGAUAAGGGGAUAGAAGCAGCAGAGGCUGCCGUUGCUCUAGGAGAAUGCCACCCCUUAGCUGCAAGGGCCUGUGUGGUGUUAGGAUCAGGGUACGGAUUGAAGGCAAAUGAAUCUAGAAUACGAGGGGAGAGACAGGAAUUGACAAAAAAGGCCAUGGUUUCUUAUUCGAAGGCAUAUUCAAUUGACAGCAAUGACUACUUGGCCGUGUUCCACUUGGCGCUCCAGCUUGCUCAAAUGCGCCAUAUCUCCGAGGCAAUGAAAUACGUCAAGGAGGCCCUGAGGUUGAGGAACGACCACUUGCACUCAUUGCACUUGUUGGCACUGCUGCUGUCCGUACAGAAACAGUAUGGUGAAUCCCUUGAAUUGGUGAAUGCUGCUUUAGAUGAAUAUCCCGAUGAUCUCAACUUAUUGUUUACCAAAUCCAAAUUAGAACAGGCUUUCCUGAGUCCCCAGGCAUCGCUAGUUACAUGCAGACAUAUGUUCAGUGUCUGGAAGACCAUGUACCAACCACAGGAAACGCUUGAGCAGCCUCGUGGCACUGGUUUACUUGAGAAGGUGAUGUCCGACAAGAGGGCUCUGACGCAAUUACAGCUGACAGAACUCAGUGAUAGAGAUUCAGUUUCAGAUGACGUCUUCAUAUUUGAAAGAUCAGGUUCCAUUCGAGCUGAAUCUAUAGCUGCCUCCCGGGUCGAACAUGCUCUCUCAGAGGUGGCGUCUUCACUGCACAGCACGCUACCCAAACAAGCGGCACACCAGUCCUGGGCCAUUCAGUCACAGAUAUGGUUACAUCUAGCUGAAUUGUACUUAACCAUGGACAAACCUACUGAUGCGAUGGCAUGCGUCCAGGAGGCCAGCUCAUUACUACCACUGUCUCAUCAAGUUUCAUACAUGCGUGGACGAGUUCAUGAACACAAGUUAGAAUUCUACGAAGCCAAGAAAUAUUACGAUAUCUCGGCAUCAAUUAAUCCAGGAUAUGUCAACUGCCUACAACAUUUGGGCAUAGUCCUUCAUCACAUAGGGCAAAAUAGGUUAGCUGAGAAGGUUCUGCGUGAUGCUGUCAAUGCUGACCCCACUGCCGGCCAGUCAUGGCACUGCCUUGGUGAAGUCUUACAGUCUCUUGGAGACUGCGAUGCUGCUUCUGAGUGUCUGUUCACCGCGUCUGACCUUGAAGCUACCAAUCCUAUCGUGCCAUUCCAUGUUAUCCCUCGUCCCAUAUGCUGAGGACAUGCUGCUUCAUUCCAGUCCAUCCCAGUGAGAGUUGGGAUCGUGCUUUAGAUCUGGUAUGGUAAACUUCCAUCACGUUUGAUUGGAGUUAAAUCCUUAAAACCCUGUGUCUUUUUCCAGUCAUAAGAAAUGAUGAUUUAGGAAACAAUCAGGGCUAUGAAAAUGUGUGAUCCCUUGGGUAAUAUCGAGCUACCGCAAACUAUUGGUUAUUUGUUUUGUAGCCAAACUUCCUGUCUUGGUCUCAGGCUUGUGUUAUGUUUGUAUAAAAAUUAUGAAGAAAUUUAUACUUUAUUGUUUAAAAAGACAUGUUGGACUAUUGUUUCGAAUUGGGUUUGAUAGUAACUUAGAGAUGAUGAAUAGAUGUCUACUUCUAGAGCUUUUACUACUUAUAGGUUCAGCUAAUUGUGUGCAAUGCAAUUAGAGAUAGCUCUGUGAACACUAUAGAAUGGUGCAAUUCUUGUGAUUAUGAAAUGUUUUAAAGAUAUUUUAUCAUUUGAUGUCUAGUCAAGCUAGUAUAGGUACAAAUCCAUUUAGAUUAUUUUGCACUGAUUUAUGUUAUUCAGUGGCAGGGAUACAUGUAUGUCUAGAUCUUUGUAUGUGACCUUCCAAAAGAUGCCCUUGCAAGCAAGCGUGUCCAUUUUGAGGUGUGUCCAUUGGGGCACUAUGACAAAGGGUUAAACUUAUUGCUUGCUAGUUUAGUAGCAAAUCAUGCUUCAAAUGGAUAUGAACUUCGGAAACUAAACUGCGAUAUUAUCACAUCUUUUUAGUAGAGUAGAACUUGGUUGCCUGUUAUACUGUAGACCUGCUGAUAAGAUAUUAGAUCAAACCUGUUAAACAGAUCGACUUGCAAAUAGUGACAUGUAUAUAAGAAAGUGAUGUCGACAUGUAUAGUUUAUUAAUUUAUUAAUAAAACAUUUCAAAAUUGAAAA